AUGGCCUCUGAACGUCACGCCGCUAAUUCCUAUAGUAAGUAUAGCUUAUACUUUAACAUGUUAGAGCUUAAAAUAAGUAAGAAGGGUAUAGAGCCUAAGCACACAUAUAAUAUAGAUGAGAAGGGCUUUAUAAUUAGGAAGAUUAGCAAUUAG